AGGCCCUUUGUACGUGCUCGGCGGCGUGCGAGCGCGCCCGGCACGUGACCCCGCCGAACGUGGCAUUGUGUUAUCACGUGACCCAGGUGCGUACGCGACGGAGCGGGGUGUGAAGAUGGCGGACGAAGAGGCCGAGCAGGAGAGGUUGAGUCGCGGCGGAGGCGGCUGCGUCGCGGAGCUGCAGCGCCUGGGCGAGCGGCUGCAGGAGCUGGAGCGACAGCUGCGGGAGAGCCGCGUGCCGGCCGUGGAAGCGGCCACGGAGUACUGUCAGCAGCUGUGCCAGACACUCCUUGAAUAUGCAGAGAAAUGGAAAACUUCAGAAGAUCCUUUACCUUUAUUGGAGGUAUACACAGUGGCUAUCCAAAGUUAUGUUAAAGCCCGACCUUAUCUUACCUCUGAAUGUGAAAAUGUAGCAUUGGUUCUGGAGCGCUUGGCAUUAAGCUGUGUUGAACUUUUAUUGUGCCUGCCUGUCGAGUUAUCAGAUAAACAGUGGGAACAGUUUCAGACACUGGUGCAGGUAGCUCAUGAAAAGCUGAUGGAGAAUGGCAGCUGUGAAUUGCAUUUUUUAGCUACUCUAGCUCAAGAGACUGGGGUGUGGAAAAACCCGGUACUGUGCACUAUUCUUUCCCAGGAACCAUUGGAUAAGGAUAAAGUGAAUGAAUUUUUAGCUUUUGAGGGUCCCAUCUUGUUGGAUAUGAGAAUUAAACAUCUAAUCAAAACCAAUCAGUUAAGUCAAGCAACUGCUCUAGCAAAGCUGUGUUCUGACCAUCCAGAGAUUGGUACAAAAGGUAGUUUUAAGCAAACUUACCUUGUUUGUCUUUGUACAUCAUCACCAAAUGAAAAGUUAAUGGAAGAGAUCUCAGAAGUUGAUUGCAAAGAUGCACUAGAAAUGAUCUGUAACUUAGAAUCUGAGGGUGAUGAAAAAAGUGCUCUUGUCUUAUGUACUGCAUUUCUAUCACGUCAGCUCCAACAAGGAGAUAUGUACUGUGCUUGGGAACUCACUCUCUUUUGGAGUAAAUUACAGCAAAGAGUAGAACCAUCUAUACAAGUGUACCUAGAAAGAUGUCGUCAGCUUUCUCUGUUAACCAAGACGGUGUAUCACAUUUUCUUCCUGAUUAAAGUUAUUAAUUCUGAGACUGAAGGGGCUGGACUUGCCACCUGUAUAGAACUAUGUGUAAAAGCCCUUCGUUUGGAAUCUACAGAAAAUACUGAAGUGAAAAUAUCUAUUUGCAAGACCAUUUCCUGCUUGUUGCCUGAUGAUCUGGAAGUUAAACGUGCUUGUCAACUGAGUGAAUUUCUUCUUGAGCCUACAGUAGAUGCAUAUUAUGCUGUGGAAAUGUUGUAUAACCAGCCAGAUCAGAAAUAUGAUGAAGAAAAUCUUCCAAUACCAAAUUCUCUACGCUGUGAGCUCUUACUGGUAUUGAAAACUCAGUGGCCCUUUGAUCCAGAAUUCUGGGAUUGGAAAACCUUAAAACGACAAUGUCUUGCAUUAAUGGGGGAAGAAGCAUCCAUUGUGUCUUCAAUAGAUGAACUAAACGACAGUGAAGUUUAUGAGAAAGCAGUAGACUACCAGGAAGAGAUAAAAGAAACUUCUAUGAAUGGACUUUCUGGUGGAGUUGGUGCUAAUUCUGGCCUUCUCAAAGACAUCUGUGAUGAAAAGCAGAAGAAGAGAGAGAUAAAACAAUUAAGAGAGAGAGGAUUUAUAUCUGCUAGGUUUAGGAAUUGGCAAGCCUACAUGCAGUAUUGUGUGUUGUGUGACAAAGAAUUCCUUGGUCAUAGAAUAGUACGACAUGCUCAAAAACAUUACAAAGAUGGGAUUUACAGUUGCCCUAUAUGUGCAAAGAACUUCAAUUCAAAAGAAACUUUUGUCCCUCAUGUCACACUGCAUGUUAAACAAUCUAGUAAAGAGAGACUAGCAGCUAUGAAACCAUUAAGAAGAUUGGGGAGGCCACCUAAGAUCACAACUACCAAUGAGAAUCAAAAGACUAAUGCUGUGACCAAGCAGGAACAGCGGCCUAUAAAAAAGAAUAGUCUCUAUUCAACAGAUUUCAUAGUAUUUAAUGACAAUGAUGGUUCAGAUGAUGAGAAUGAUGACAAAGAUAAAUCUUACGAGCCAGAAGUGAUCCCAGUCCAGAAACCAGUACCUGUUAAUGAAUUUAAUUGCCCUGUAACUUUUUGUAAAAAGGGCUUUAAGUACUUUAAAAAUUUAAUCGCUCAUGUAAAGGGACAUAAGGAUAAUGAAGAUGCCAAGCGCUUUCUUGAAAUGCAAAGCAAAAAAGUUAUUUGCCAAUACUGUAGACGGCAUUUUGUGAGUGUUACUCAUCUUAAUGAUCACCUACAAAUGCACUGUGGCAGUAAACCAUAUAUCUGUAUACAGAUGAAAUGUAAGGCUGGUUUUAAUAGUUACGCAGAGCUCUUAACACACCGAAAGGAACAUCAAGUCUUUAGAGCGAAAUGUAUGUUUCCUAAAUGCGGCAGAAUUUUUUCAGAAGCUUACUUACUAUAUGAUCAUGAAGCACAGCAUUAUAAUACCUAUACUUGUAAGUUCACAGGUUGCGGUAAAGUUUAUCGUUCUCAGAGUGAGCUAGAAAAGCAUCUGGAUGAUCACAGUACUCCUGAAAAAGUGCUGCCUCCUGAAGACCAACUUAAUUCAUCUGGAGAUUGUGUUCAGCCUUCUAAAGUGAAUCAGAACACAGAAGUGAGCAUUGAGAAAGAGAGGUCUAUGCUUCCUUCAGAAAAUAACAUUGAAAACGCCUUACCAGCAGAGAGAAAUGAUGCUUGGGAUAAAAGCAAAACAGAAUCAGCUGUGACCAAACAAGACCAGAUUUCUGCAUCAGAGCUCAGGCAAGCUGAUGGACCAUUGUCAAAUGGUUUGGAAAACCCAGUGACUACUCCUCUGCUUCAGGCCAGUGAAGUGGCUGUGUCCAUUAAAGUGUCCCUCAAUCAGGGGAUUGAGGAUAACUUUGGAAAGCAAGAAAACUCAACUGUGGAAGGCACUGGUGAAUCAUUGGUCACAAACUUACAUACACCGGUUGAAGAUACUUGUAAUGAUUUGUGUCGUCCAGAUUUUCAAGAAAGAAAAGAACAGGAUUGCUUUAAUGAAGCCCAGAUAACUCAGAAUCCUUUAGUAAAUUCAGAAACCCUUAAAAUAGGUGACCUUACCCCACAAAACUUAGAAAGGCAAGUGAACAACCUGAUGACCUUUUCUGUGCAAAACCAGGCAGGAUUUCAAAACAGUUUACCAGCUUCUAAGUUUGAAUGUGGAGGUAAUGUUAAAACAUCAUCCAGUCUUUAUAAUUUACCUCUUAAGACAUUGGAAAGUAUCACAUUUGUUCCAUCACAGCCCAACCCAAGUAGUUCUUUAGGAACUCCACCAGUGCCUCCAAAAGCGCCAGGUCAGAAAUUCAGUUGCCAGGUUGAAGGAUGUACUCGAACCUAUAAUUCUUCACAGAGUAUUGGGAAACACAUGAAGACAGCACACCCUGACCAGUAUGCGGCAUUUAAAAUGCAGCGCAAAAGUAAAAAAGGUCAAAAAUCGAACAACUUAAAUACACCAAAUAAUGGCAAGUUUGUUUAUUUUUUGCCAUCACAGGUGAGCAGCUCUAACAAUGCAUUUUUUACACCACAGACCAAAGCCAAUGGGAAUCCUACUUGUUCAAAUCAGUUGCAGCAUGUCUCGCCUUCCAUUUUUCCAGCUCAUUUAGCAAGUGUGUCAGCUCCACUGUUGCCCUCAGUGGAAAGUGUCAUAAAUCCAAAUAUACCUUCUCAGGAUAAAAAUGAACAAGGUGGUGGUAUUAUAUGUUCCCAAAUGGAAAAUUUAUCUACUACUGCCUUGCCAGCACAAAUGGAAGAUCUAACCAAAACAGUUUUGCCUUUGAAUAUUGACAGUGGCUCGGAUCCUUUCCUUCCUUUACCUGCAGAAAGUAGUUCAAUGUCUCUUUUCCCUUCACCAGCAGAUAAUGGGGCUAAUUCUGUUUUUUCCCAGCUGGAAAAUAAUACAAAUCAUUUUUCCUCGCAGAUUGAAGGAAACACCAAUUCCUCCUUUCUAAAGGGAGGCAAUGGUGAAAAUGCAGUUUUUCCUUCGCAAGUCAAUGUUGCAAAUGACUUUAAUAGCACCAGUGCCCAACAGUCUGCCCCUGAAAAAGUUAAAAAAGACCGUGGGCGGGGCCCAAAUGGGAAGGAAAGAAAACCCAAGCACAACAAAAGGGCCAAAUGGCCUGCAAUUAUCAGAGAUGGGAAAUUUAUCUGUAGCAGGUGUUACAGGGCUUUUACUAAUCCCAGAUCUCUGGGUGGACACUUGUCUAAGCGAUCUUACUGUAAACCACUGGAUGGAGCAGAAAUUGCUCAAGAACUUCUACAGAAUAAUGGACAGCCUUCUCUUCUUGCCAGCAUGAUUCUCUCCACAAAUGCAGUAAAUUUGCAGCAGCCGCAACAGUCUACCUUCAACCCAGAAGCGUGUUUUAAAGAUCCAUCAUUCCUGCAACUUCUUGCUGCUGAAAAUCGCUCAUCAACAUUUUUACCAAAUACAUUUCCCCGGACUGGUGUGACUAGCUUUAGUACCAGUGUUAGUCAAGAAGGAAGUGAAAUUAUUAAACAGGCUUUGGAAACUGCUGGCAUUCCCAGUACGUUUGAGGGUGCUGAAAUGCUUUCUCAUGUUCCAGCAGGUUGUGUUUCAGAUGCAGCACAAGUAAAUGCAACAGUGAUGCCAAACCCAGCUGUGCCACCCCUGUUGCAGACUGUAUGCCACCCAAACGCCCUGCUGACAAACCAGAAUAGGACACCAAACUCCAAAACUUCCUCCAUUGAGGAAUGCAGCAGUUUACCUGUUUUCCCAACAAAUGACUUACUACUGAAGACUGUUGAAAAUGGUUUGUGUUCUAGUUCAUUCCCUAAUUCUAGUGGGCCAUCACAAAAUUUUACCAGUAGCAGUUCACGUGUUUCAGUUAUAAGUGGUCCUCAGAACACAAGGUCUAGUCAUUUAAAUAAAAAGGGAAACAGUGCUUCGAAGAGAAGAAAGAAAAUUGCCCCUCCCCUGAUUGCACCCAAUGCUUCCCAAAACUUGGUAACAAGUGACUUGACAGCAAUGGGACUUAUAGCAAAGAGUAUUGAGAUACCAACCACUAACCUCCAUUCAAAUGUAAUUCCAAAUUGUGAGCCUCAGGGUUUGGUGGAAAACCUAGCACAGAAAUUAAAUAAUGUUGACAAUCAGUUAUUUAUUACUGAUGUGAAAGAAAACUUUAAAACCAAUCUUGAGUCCCAUACGGUGUUAGCUCCUUUAACAUUAAAAACUGAAAAUGGGGAUUCCCAAAUGAUGGCUUUGAAUUCAUGCACAACUUCAAUAAAUUCUGAUUUGCAGAUUUCUGAAGACAAUGUUAUACAAAACUUCGAAAAGACUCUUGAAAUUAUUAAAAGUGCUAUGAAUUCUCAAAUACUAGAGGUAAAAAGUGGAUCUCAGGGUGUUGGUGAAACAUCACAGAAUGCUCAAAUAAAUUAUAACAUUCAGCUUCCUUUAGUAAACACUGUACAAAAUAGCAAGUUACCUGAUUCUUCUCAGUUUUCCUCCUUCAUAGGUGUAUUGCCAGCAAAAAGUAACAUUCCUCAGUCUGAAGUAUUACAUAAGGAGGAUCAAAUACAGGAAAUUUUAGAAGGCUUACAGAAAUUAAAAUUAGAAAAUGACCUGUCCACUCCAGCAUCUCAGUGUGUACUAAUAAAUACAUCAGUGACACUGACUCCCACUCCCAUUAAACCAAUCCCAAAUGUCACAGUGGUUCAGCCAGUUUCUGAAAUGAUAAGCAACAUUCAGUUUAGUGACAAAGUUAAUAAACCCUUUGUGUGUCAAAACCAAGGGUGUAAUUAUAGCGCUAUGACAAAGGAUGCUUUAUUUAAGCACUAUGGUAAGAUUCAUCAAUACACUCCAGAGAUGAUUCUUGAAAUUAAGAAGAAUCAGUUGAAAUUUGCUCCAUUUAAAUGUGUAGUGCCUACCUGCACAAAAACAUUUACAAGAAAUUCUAAUCUCCGAGCACACUGCCAGUUGGUCCAUCAUUUUACAACAGAAGAAAUGGUGAAGUUAAAAAUAAAAAGGCCUUAUGGAAGAAAAUCUCAGAGUGAAAAUUUGUCAGCUCCACGAAUUGCACAAGUGAAAAGACAGCUAACUAUGACAGAGGAAAAUAAAAGGGAGUUCCAGCCUGCUUUAGAAUUGGGAGCAAUGAAGGAAAAUGCCCUCAGUAAUACAGCAGUGAUCCCAGAAAAACAACUUGUAGAAAAAAAAAGUCCUGAAAAAACAGAAAGUUCUUUGCAAGUGAUUACAGUUACUUCAGAACAAUGUAAUACAAAUUCUCUCACAAACAUACAAACCAAAGGGCGGAAAAUUAGGAGACAUAAAAAAGAAAAGGAGGAGAAAAAACGCAAGAAGCCAGUUUCCCACUCCCAUGAGUUUCCAACAAGAUACAGUCCCUACAGACCUUAUCGAUGUGUUCACCAAGGUUGCUUUGCCGCUUUCACUAUACAGCAAAACUUAAUUCUGCAUUACCAGGCUGUCCACAAAUCAGAUCUACCUGCAUUUUCUGCAGAGAUUGAAGAGGAAAGUGAAGCUGGUAAAGAAAGUGAAGAGAUUGAAACUAAACAAACUGUGAAAGAAUUUCGAUGUCAGGUGAGUGACUGUUCUCGAAUCUUCCAAGCAAUUACUGGCCUGAUCCAGCACUACAUGAAACUUCAUGAAAUGACUCCUGAGGAAAUUGAAAGUAUGACUGCUUCUGUGGAUGUUGGGAAAUUUCCAUGUGACCAGUUAGAGUGUAAAUCUUCAUUUACUACAUAUUUGAACUAUGUUGUUCAUCUUGAGGCAGAUCAUGGAAUUGGGAUAAAGGGAAAUAAAACUGAAGAAGAUGGCAUAUACAAGUGUGACUGUGAAGGCUGUGACCGUAUAUAUGCAACUCGGUCAAAUCUCCUCCGACACAUUUUUAAUAAGCAUAAUGACAAACAUAAAGCUCAUUUGAUUCGGCCAAGAAGAUUAACACCUGGUCAGGAAAAUAUAUCAAGCAAGGCAAACCAAGAAAAGACCAAGUCUAAACAUCGGGGUACAAAACACAGAUCUGGAAAGGAAGGAAUAAAAAUGCCUAAGACUAAACGAAAGAAAAAAAAUAAUUUAGAAAACAAGACUGCGAAAAUUGUGCAGAUUGAAGAAAAUAAACCUUACUCUCUGAAACGUGGAAAGCAUGUAUAUUCUAUAAAGGCUAGGAACGAUGCCUUGUCUGAGUGUACAAGCAGAUUUGUAACCCAGUAUCCAUGUAUGAUAAAGGGGUGUACAUCAGUUGUUACAAGUGAAAGCAAUAUAAUUAGACAUUAUAAAUGCCAUAAAUUAUCAAAGGCAUUUACAUCACAACACCGUAAUCUUCUCAUUGUCUUCAAACGGUGUUGCAACUCACAAUUAAAGGAAACUUCUGAGCAAGAAGUUGAUAAGAAUGAUGUGAAAAAUUCUGACACAUGUGUAUCAGAGAGCAGUGAUAACUCCAGAACAGCUACAGUUCCACAGAGGGAAACUGAAAAAAAUGAAAAAGACGAAAUGGAUGAGCUAACAGAAUUAUUUAUUACAAAAUUAAUAAAUGAAGACAAUGCAAGUGUGGAGACCCAAGCUCAUACCUCUUCAAAUGUAAGUAAUAAUUUUCAGGAAAGUAACCCCUGCCAGUCAGAAAAACAAAAAACAAGUAAUUUGAAGAGAGUUAAUAAAGAAAAAAAUGUCUCCCAAAAUAAAAAGAGGAAAGUUGAAAAAGCUGAACCAACAUCGGCAGUUGAGUUAAGUAGCACACAUAAAGAAGAAGAAACUGCUGUUGCAAUUCAGACUACGGAGGAGCAUCCUGCAUCUUUUGACUGGAGCUCGUUUAAACCAAUGGGAUUUGAAGUAUCAUUUCUGAAGUUUCUUGAAGAGUCUGCAGUGAAGCAGAAGAAAAAUUCUGACAAAGACCAUCCAAAUAGUGGAAAUAAGAAAGGGUCCCAUUCAAAUUCAAGAAAAAAUAUUGACAAGACUGCUGUGACUAGUGGAAAUCAUGUAUGUUCUUGUAAAGAAAGUGAAACCUUUGUACAGUUUGCCAAUCCAUCACAGCUUCAGUGCAGUGAUAAUGUAAAAAUUGUUUUAGACAAGACUCUUAAAGAUUGCACUGAACUUGUGUUAAAACAGCUUCAGGAAAUGAAACCUACCGUCAGUCUGAAAAAACUUGAAGUACAUUCAAAUGAUCCAGAUGUGUCUGUUAUGAAAGAAAUUAGUUUGGGUAAAGCAACAGGGAGAGGGCAGUACUGAUACCUAAUGUAAUAUAAAUACAUCAUUUACGGUUUUAUUUUAAAUAGGAAGUCAUCACGCAUGCUAGAAUUGUGACACUUCUUCAUUAAUUUUUGUUGUUGACAUGAAUUAACCUGGCCGAAAAAAGGAAAAAAAAAAAAAAAACAUGACAUUUGUCAUGUAAAACUUUUUUUUUUAUCCCUAUGGGACUUGAGGAACAGAAUCAAUACUUCAGUUAUUGUAAAUAGUUGAGCUGCACCUCAGAUUUAUAUCAGCCAGUUGCCCUUUCCAUGAACUAAUCUGAAUUAUCUGUGUGAUUGAUAUGUUUCACCAGGUCACUGCUCAUGUAGAACAGUACUCUGUAGAUAUCUUUUUUGUAUAUAUUUAUUAUUGUAAAUCAUUUGCUGCCACCAGCAGUGUGUAAGUCUAAACUAUUAAAUGACACAUUUAUAUUUGGAAUUUUAAUUUUUAACUAAGUGAUCAAGUUUUUAAAACUGUUCUUUUAUUGUUUUAAAUUAAGAAUUUUUCAAACUAAAAGUAGAAACUCUGCCAUAGUUCAUUGAUUUUUACAUAAAACAUUUAUUUACAAGAUCUCAAAAUUACUUUUCACAAAGUAGGCACAUUGUAUCAACACCUUGCUCUGCUUUGUAAAUUUAUCCUCUAGGAUUUGGGGAUGGUAUUCAUGUGAAAUUAUAGCAGAUUCUUUAGCAGUUUCCUAUAGCGACAGUUUUUUUCAUUAUUUCUAAUUGGAUAUAGUUAUUAUGGUUCCAUGAAAUAUAAUGGAAAUGUGAAUAAAGAAUUUACUACAUCAAAGAUUUUAAACAUUUGGUAUUAAAAAUCCGUUGUGAAUGUGAUAGAAACUAGUAGUGUGGAGCAGUGUAAAUAUUUGAGGUGGUGAUUUGUGAAGUAGCCCAGUAUUGCCUUAAAUAAAAUCACAUUUCAUUUCUUGUUUUAUACAUGUGAUCUUAUAAAGUUUUUUUUUUUUCCAUUUUCUGAGAUUUAUAGAUUGGUGUAUAGCUUUAAACUGUAUAAACUUUUGUGGAAAGAUUUUUUUAAACAUUUUUAUAAAUCUUAAAAUUGGUAUCAUCAAAGUGAGCCCAUCUUGUGUUUAUAAAAUGCAAGAGUCCUUAACAUUUAUAAUUACAUAGAUGAAACACUUUCUAUAAGGAAGUUGGAUGUUUUGAUUUUACUGUUUAUAGAUGUUAGAUUGUACAGAUUUGUAUUUUCCCACCAUAUCUAAUGAUACUUUUUUCAUUAGAUUGGUCUUCCAGAGCAGUAUUAGUUGUCAUAAUUGAUUAUUUUGGUUAUUCAGUAUAUAGUUAGCUCGUAUAGGUUAGCUCUAUUCACCAUAUUUAUACUGUGGAUUCACGGCCAGAGAUAGAGGUUAUUUCAGGAGAGUUUAGGACCUUCAUUUGAAGUCCAACUAAGUCAGUACUGGAAACAAAACAUCUUCUCAGAUUUACUUUUGUUUCUGUUUGCCAUAUAUAGUACCAUUGAUUUUUGACUUUGUGUUUGUUAUAAACUAGUUGCAUUCACAAUAUUAUUAGCCUGAGAUAUUGAUGAUGUUGUGAUAAUAUGAAAAUGUGUAUAUUCCCUGUGCAACAUCAGAUUUGCAGGACAAAUGAAGCACUUAACUGAAAUUGCUGGUACUCUGAAUAAAUAAGCAUGGUCAAGGAGUGAAUUAUUUUCUUUUGGAAAAUAUUUUUUUAAGUUUUAUUGAAGUAUUGUAGUUUUAUUUUUAGGGCCUAAUGGGUUAUAUUGAAUAGUUGGUUUCACCUCCUUAAAGUUUAUUACCAAUAUGCAUAAAACUUGACACAUUAAAAUCCCUUCCCUUUGGCAAGCCCACUGUUAUUUAUUAAAAUAAAAGUUGUUCUUAUGGGUGAUUAAUACAUGUUUUUUUUUUCUAAAUUAACAAUAACUUAACUCUGAAUGAUUUUAAAAUUAAAUUUUUGUUAACAACUGAAUGUUUCUGUACAGUUUUCUUGGAAGUUGACCUAGCUCUUAAAGAUAGGCCUUGGGCAAAACUGCCCUAAAUAGUGCAGUAGCAAGUAGUUUUAUUUCUGAUAAAUGUAGUGAUGAGCCACAGUUACGUGAAAAUACCAGUGGAUUGGGGCUUUUCUUUUGCUCAUUAGCUUAACUAGACAUUUCUGUAAUUGUUCUCCUACGUAUCAGGAGAAAGUUUGCCAACACUGAGUUAUUUUUUUUUAUAUUCCAGGUACUGUAUGCUAAAAGUAAUUAUGGAAGAGUGGGCUUUUUAGCAUGGAACAGAAAACUCAAAUUAUGGUAUAAAAUAUGAAUUUAUAAAACAGCAUGUUGGUAAAAUUUGAUAUGGAAUGUAAUGCCUAAGUAUUAAAAAGGAAUCAUAAAGUAUAUAUUUUUCAUGGUAUACUUUUCCUCAGUCUAUUGUCUUGGGGUAUUUUCUUCCUGUAAUCUCAGUUUACCUAAGCUUUUAUCAUUUAAAAAUGCAUUUUUUUCCCUCUUUUAAGUCCAAAGAAUUUGAAUCUUACAGAACAGAUUAUUCAAAAUACAUCGUGUUAAGUGAAAUGGUAACAGCUGGGAAUUUUUCAGCAGUGUUAAAUUCAGCAUAGCUAAAUUAUUUUAAAGGGCUAGACAGAGAUCAAGUUUUAGCAAGGCAAUUUUUUGACUAUCAGGUAAGCAAACACAGUUGCUAUAGCUGUUAAGACUACUCAAAUACUACAGCUAGAGAUAUCAAAGAGGGAAUGCUGUAUUUGGGGGAGGGUAUUAAUGAAAGUUUUUGUAGAAAAGAUCAGUCUUGAGAGAGGAAUGAAUGAAGAGUCCUUGGAUGGUCAUGGGGGAAAUGGGAAUUCUACGUAUGGAGAAAUGAUGAAGCAACAUAGUGCAUUUGCAAUAUUGCAAGUGGUCUAUGUGGGAAGAUAGGGGGUUGGAGAAGCUGAAGAGGCAAAUGGGCCAGAUCAUGAAGGUUCUUGUAUGCCAUAAAGUUUUCAGUUUUGAUUAAGUGGUUACUGAAUGUGUUUAAGUUGAACAGUUUGAUCAGGUACCAAUUUUAGACAAUUGGCAUUGUAUAGAGGGUAGAUUGGAUAAGUUGAGACUAAAAGCAGAGAGACUUGAGGCAAAAAAAAAAAAAAAAAAAAAAAAAAAUGUGGAGGCCAGAAGAAAAAAUGUUAACAGUUGAGAAAGAGUAGAGCAGUAAGACAACCUUUUUCAAAAUGUUUAUUGUAGUGAAAUACCAGCAGGUUGGAAGGUGAAGUCUGUAGACAGAGUUUUCUCAACUGCAUGUUAUAGCUCCCUCUUAAUCCAGUGAACAUUAGUAUAUUCAAGUUCUGUACAGAAAACAUGUUAACUGUUAAAGUGGGAGUUUUUCAGGCUUAACUGACAAUGAAAAUAUUUUUCAUUUUAAAUAUUAAUACUUAGGUGUAGUAUUCUACUGACUUGGUGUUCUAAGGAACACACUUUAGGAACUGCUCCUCUAAAAUGGCAUUUUAUUAAACCAGGGCUGAAAAUCCGCAGGUAUGUGCACCAAAGCAGCUGUAUUGGCUGUUUACAAAUGGUGAUUUUUUUUUCCAAUUGGCCAAUUUAACUGUUCUAAUUGAUAAGUUUCACAUGUCUUUUUAUAGCUUUUUAAUUUUUUUAUUUUAAAUAGGCCUCACUCCCAGCUUGGAGCCCAUUGCAGGGCUUGAACUCACGAUCCUGAGAUCAAGACCCAAGCUGAGAUCAAGAGUCAGACACUUAACCGACUGAGCCACCCAGUGCUCCUAGUGUUUUUAAUUUUUAUAUUAUUAUCUGUGCCUCCCAACACUACCUCUCAAUGAACAAAAUGAUAGUGUCUGUUUUAUUUCUCAGUGAUUUUGCUUAUUAGAGGUGCUUCAUUUCAGUGAUCUCCCCAUAAGUAGUAUCCCUAUACCUUGCUGUAAUCAAAACAUGUAUCACUUCCUUAACUGGAAUUCAGAUUCUCUUUGUCCAGCCACAAACUUCUAGUUCACCUGCUCAAGAUAUCUCCACUAAAAAAUACUUCUACCUCAUUACAGUUAAUCAGUUAAUCCUACCACCUGCUCACUAUUCAUCAGCUCACUCUGUCCUCAACUUGUCCUACUUAGACCAGAUCCCAUUGUUACAUGAAUUCCUUUGCACAUAUUCUCACACCAUGCCCCACUCUGUCAUGAUUUGGAACAAUUUCAGAAACCUGCCUGCUCUUGAGCAGUUGGAUGGGGAGAAAUUACUACAGUAGGCAAGUUUAUAAUCUCAAAGAGGCUCAAAACUGGCAGUUUUUAUGCAUUUUUAUUGUAAUAACUUGCUUCCACAAACUUAAAUGAUUUAUACGCUUUUUUGCCCCAAUUUUCCUAUUCCCCUCAUCUUUGACCUUUUAAUCAUAUUUUACCAAGAAAGUACAAAAAUUUGACAGGAAUUUUCUCCACUUUUCACCACCAAAUUUAUAAACCCAAUCUGUAUCUGCACUGUUAUCAAAAAUCCUUCCUUCUUCACCCCAAAAACUUUCAGUUAACUACUCUGUUUUCAUCAGACUUUCUCUUACUAGAUCAUUUUCAACAAUUUAUACUUGUGCCCUCGUAGCUACUAUUCUUACAAGUAGGGGGUGGGGAGGGUGAUCACUUGAUUCCAUCUAAUGAUAACCCAUUUUAUUUGGUUUAUAUCUAAUCUGAGUUGUCUCUUCAAACCUUUCAUUCUCAUUUACUACCACAUUAUGUAUCCCCACAACUGCUCUGAAGUUGCUGUCCUCAGGAUCACCAUUCUCCAUGCUGCCCUAUCCUUUUCUGCUCUCACCCACUGUCUCAGGAGCAUCCAGCAGGGUUGAUGACGUACUCCUGAAAUACUCAUUCUUGGUUUUCUCUUUACCUCUUCUGGCUGCUCCAUCACUGACUCCAACCCUAACUCCUCUCUCAAUACCUAAACUUGGCUGUGUGUGUGUGUGUGUGUGUGUGUGUGUGUGUGUGUGUGUGUUUCCACUCUCUAGAUUUAGUCCAUUCUCUGGAGUUCAGUAUGAAUGUACCUGUCACACCACAUUUAUACCUCUAACACCAAACUUCAUAGUUCCAGGCUUGUGUUUUCAACUGCCUACCUCAUAGUUAAACAUAUUACCUCCAAAUCAUUAUUUCUUUCCCCACCUCACCUUCAAUCUAUUCCUCUCCCAGUAUUCCUUAUCUGGAUAAGUGAAAUCACUACCUAGGUUUCUCAAGCUAAGUUCUUUAGUGCUGUUAUAGUAGCCAAUUCAUGCCCUUUCCCUAUGUUUUUGGUCACAAGUAUAGUCAUUUUUACCUCAAGCAAAAAGGAACUCUUCCACUUCUCCACCAUCACUUCUUCCCUACCCACCAUAAUAUCGUUCUUAAGAGCUUUCUUCCAGAAUAUUACCCACCAAACAAGUUAAAAUUUUAAAGUAAUUUUAGUGGGUCUGGGGGUGAGUGGGUGGAGAAGGGACAUUCUUUUUCUUCACACUGCCCUUUGAAUUAAAAAAAAAAAAAGUUUUACUAUGAUCCCUGCCUAUCUUUUUCUAAGUACAUCGUUUUGCUCUCCUUUUGCCCAUUGUGUUCUAGCCACAUAGGUUACUUUUGAGUUCCUCAAACCAACCGUUGUACUCACAUCGCAAGGCCCUUGUACUAGCUGUUCCUUCUGCUUGGGAUACUGUAUUUUACUGUGUACUGACUUACUCCUUCUUCAAGUUUUAGGCCUCUGCCCCCGUUACUGGUUACUACAUUAUAGCAUUUACCUUCCUUGAUAGCGUUUAUCAGGUUGUUGUUACUACUUUUUACUCUAUGCCAUGGAUCUAAUCUGGUACCUUUAACAUAGUACAUACUUAGCAGUAAAAAUUUCUUGGAUGCUUAAAUGGGAGAUGAAGAGAACUUGAUUCUGGCUCUACUGGAGGUCAGAGUCUCCACAAUUACUAUAAUCAUUAGUGCUAAGGGCAUUAUAAAAAUAUAUAAUAUGGUGAGAAUUUGGUACUAUAUAGUCUGUGAUGAGGGAAAGCAGUUUAGAGACUUUUCUAGAGAGAGAAGGGGAUGGAAGUUAAAAUUCCAGGCUGCUGCUUUUUUUUUUUUUAAUUCUGGUGAGGAAGUAUUCCUGUGGAAAAUUCAAGGAGACCAGUUAUGGAAGCUGUCCAAAUUGUCCAGAAAGAGAAUACUGUCUUGAAGAGUGAUGAUGGCUGAAGGAGGAAAGUGGACAGACUUGAGAGGUCUAGAAUACCUGACAGAACUUGAUCAUGGAUUAUGGGAAGAGAGGAAGAGGACAGAAGUUGAGAAAAAUUUCAGGUUUUUGGUUUCAAUAAGUGGUUGAAGAAAUCUAUUUAGGUAGGUGAGGAUAAAAGCAGUUUUGUGAAUUGAUGAUUGCCUAGGGGAGUGUAUAGAAAAAGACUCAGGGCUUACCUCUGAGAAACUCAGUCUUUCAAAGUAGAUUAAAAGAGAAAUAGGAAAAAUCAUGAGACUAGUAGGAUGGAACUAUUUAAUGGGUGUGCAGUUGUGUCACAUUCUGCUAAGGAGAUUGUAGUGUCCUUUGUGGAUUUAGUGGUAAGAAAAUCAGUAACCUUUGCCAUUACUUAGAGUGGAAGUCAGUUUGAGGACUGUAGAGAGCAAGUAGAAACACCUAUUUUUGGAAAGUUUGGUUGUGAAGGAGAGGAAAUGAUAGAAUGGCAGCCGAAGGGUGCCAUGGAGUCCAACCAGUUUUUCAAAUAAUAGGCAAAUUUGAGCAUAUUCAGAUUCCAAUGAGAAAGAUUAUUUAAGAUGUGAAAAACAGCAUGUUGUAAAAUUCUUAAGUUUCCCGCCUCAGUAAUGUGACUGGUGAUGCUGUUUACCAAGAUAUAUGGAAGGAAUAGGGUUGGAAGAAAGGUUAAUACUGAGUUUGAGGUUCUUACAGGUCGUUAAGGCAGAGAAGAAUAGUGAUCAAUUAUAGGGGUCUGAAGCUACAGAUGUAGACUUUAAUCCUUUGAGGAUAAGUAUGUUGGCUUCUGUCUCAUGAACAUAUUGCUCCGAAUCUGAGAUAUAGUGAGCACUUACUACAUUUUGCUAGAAUUGAAAGAAACAGCAAGCAUGUAGGAAAAGCUAGAUCACCAAGGAGAGAGCCCUGAGGAACACCAACACUUAAUGGGCAGAAGAAAAGAAACUAGCAAAGAUGUCUUGGGAAGGAAGGUUUGUUUAGGUUAGGUGAGGUACAGAAAUAGAGGUAAGGUUAUGGGGCAUUAUGGAAGCUGGAGGAGAAUGAUGAAGAGUAGCUGGUCCUGCCAUGUGCCACUGGGUGAUCGUUAAGAAUAAAAAGGAUACUAGAAUUAACCUUUGGUGGUCAUUGAUCUUGAAGUUUUAGUGGAUGCUAAGUAAUGAAUGUCUAGUCAUAUUCGAUUGAAUGGUGAAUGAGCUAAGGAAGUGAAGACAAUGAAUUAAGUAUCUUGCUUGAAAGAAAUGGAAUUGGCCAGUGCUUGCCCUUAUUUGCAGGAUUUUAGGAUGAGUCUUGAGUAUUUGUGGAUUCUGGGGAGGUACCCAUUAAAGAGGUAGAAGUUUGAGUAGAAGAUGGAACCUGGUCCUAAGAACGCAGGUUAGAAGUACUAGCUUUACAAAAUAGAAAGGACAUCUCUUAGACUCCUAUUAAGUAGAAAUGUUGAGCUCUUUGUCAUGAAGAAAGGAAACAAAUGUACAGAAUAGCAAUCCUUGGAAAAGUAGGAAGCCAAGGUUUAAAUAGUGAAAGUUUGAGGUGAAGAAUGGGAGAAGGAGCUAAGUAGCAGGUUUUUUUAUAAGGAUUACUGAUCAGCAUUCAGGCAUAGCUGAGUUAGGAGAGCAUGAUCAUGUAGUGGCACCGUCUGCAUGAUUAUGUAGUAUUUCCAAUACUGUUCCUUGGUGUGAAUGGAGGAGGAACAAGGAAGAGGUUGGAUAGUCCUGGCAGAAGUAAUACAUCAAUGAGUUGAGCCCAAUUAGGGAAGAAAACAAAGCCAAAAGAACCGAAGAAAAGAGAGCAGUCAAGAGACUGGAAGUCUUUGUGGCACCAAAGAGAGUGUAGUGGGAAUGAAACCAAGAAUUAAGUAUGAAAGACCAGGGCAUUGAAAUUUAAAAUUUUAGGAGUAAUACAGCUUGCAGUGUCUGGAAAUGGCAAUAGUAGAUUGCUGAAUUAGAAUGUAGAUGAAAGUUGUUGGAGUUGAGAAAUUUAAAGAAUUUUGGUCUAAAUUAUUUGGUGGACUAUGCACAGAAGAUGCCCUUAGUAGGAACUGGGUGUAAGGAGAUUGACUCAAGUGUUGAAGUCCUUUAGAGGUUUUGUCAGGGAGAGUGCCUCCAGGCUAUGUGGUACAUGUAAGGAGUUUAGGGAAGUAACUUCUUGUAUACUCUUGGCCCAGAAGUCUUAGGAGAUCCAUAUUCAGUUAAAGUUACAGAAUAUAAAUUUGUGAAGCAGCAAAGAACAGUUUUAGAGAAAACUCUUUAAAGAGCAUAAUGAAUGGAAUUGAAAGACAUAGACAAGUCAGGGAGAGAAAGUAAAAUAGGAUGGUAGUGAAGGUUGUAGGGGGAGGCAUCUUUAGGCUACAGUCUAACAAGAAUCUGCUGUUUCUAGCUUUCCCAAGCCUAGGGUCCCAUGUGUCAGGUCUGCUAAUAAUAGUAACAGUUAAUAUUUGGAAAGUCUGUGUCUUGCCUAAGGGUUAACAGCUAGUGUGUGGCAGAACUGAGUGUUGAAACCACGCACGCUGACAUCAGAGCUUGUACAUGGCUUUGUUUGGAAAACGUAGGCAGCCAAAUGAGGUAACAGGUUGCUCACUGUCUAUUUGGAAUGAUGCUGUAAAAACUGGUAGCUGAAGAGAAUUCUCUCCCAGGCAAUUAGGAGAUAAUUCAUAUAUAUAUAUUGUUUACAGUUAAUUUAUAUUGAUUCCAAAGGAAAAAAAAGAUGAACUUCUAGAAUCAAGUCUGCAGCCAUGAAGCAUAUAGCUGUGUUGAUGAAGGUAGGGAGUACGGUAGAACAAAGGGCUUGCUACUAGAGGUCUUCAUUGCAGCUGUGUACUCUUAAACCAAAGAAGCGAAGAGAGAAGGAAAUAAGCAGUUGUGGGGGGUCGAAUGGUUUCUGACCAGCUCAUUUCACUUUAUAGUCCGUGUGUACUGGGAGCCCUACAAUCGAAACUAGUAGAGGUUUUGUUUGCUGCCGUCUCAGCUUCUAGGUUCUUGUGUUCCCCAAAAUAACUAUGGGCAUGGCAAAAAAAAAAAAAAAAUGGUCACUAGGUAAGCUGCACUUAAAUAGCUUUUAGUAUGACCAUCCCUAGAUCCUGUAAAUACCCCGUCACCCAGGGUAGGUUGGAGAAGAGGAAUGGGGCAUCAGGUUGAUAAUGAUAGCCCUCCUGUGCUACAGUCCCUCAAUAGCAGUGAAGUGUUAACUCACUGGGCUUUUGAGGACAAUGGGUAAAUUUCAACCUGUUAAGGAGCAGGUCACACCAGGAAAUUCUUAUUGGAAAUAGGUACCAGGAGUCACUCCUACAAGGAGAGUGCCACCCCCCUUGCCAAGCCAAAGUAACCCCUUUUAUGUGGAGGCUUCAAGAUGUUUACCAACACCUAAACACUUACAGAUGGGAAGGAGGAUGGGAUAUACAGAGAAUCUCUUACUAGCAAAACAGUUUUGCAAUCAAUACAGUCCAAAUAUUCUAAUAAGUCAUUUUGCCAAUUGUCCCUGGUAAUCUCAUUAUCAUAAACACGGUUGCUGGUAAACUCAUUGUCAUACUUAUUUGAAAAUUUUAAAACAAUCCUUAUUUACUAAACCUACUUAUGGGUUCUUAAAGCUAGAGCAUUACAAAGUUUUUCUCAAGUGUAUAUGCCACUAGAAUUGUCUCAUCCCAUGAUGACAGUUGGGUGGUUGUCUAAAUCGUAUUUAGGCAGUUUAAAAUGGAAUUCUCAAAUGAGCCCUGCCCCAUGAGAGGAAUAGAAAAAGUAGCAAUCCCAUUUUAUAGAUGAGGACAGUGAUGUAUGGGUAAAUGUAAUGACUUGUAACAGCCAACCUAUAAAAUAGGUCUGACCCCUCUCUUAGAAUGCUUUCUCUACUGUCCUGAUGCUGAAAGUAUUGCCAUUUCAAAGCAGAAGGAUGAAUGUGGAGAAGGUCAGGAUUUUAUAGUGAAAAAUUUUACUGCAAAUGUGGAAGGCAGUGCAAUAUACUUAUGAGUAAAUAAGGCAGAAUUAUAAGUUCUAUCACAUGUGGCAUAUGUUGAUGUCUUACACUUUAAAAAUAGUUUUUGUUUAAAUGUAGUCUAUAUGUUACCAGUAUAAAAUGAGAAACUGAAGCAAUUCUAGUUUAUUCCAGUAAAAUCUUGAUCCUACACCAGCUUCCCAAUCAAAGUUGAUGAGCCAGAAGUAUGAAAGGCAACAGCUGUUCUGCUAGAAGUGAAAAGACCAGAAACAUCCAGAAUGUUCUAUAUGAAUAUCCAGAAAAGACCAGAAACAUCCAGAAUGGUGUGAAUCUUUCCACCACAAAAUGUGGUGGGUUGUGUGUAAUCAUUCAGAUUUUAGUUGUCAGUAUUCCUGACAAUGAGAGAAAAUCCGAAUUUUUAUUUUAAAACUGUAGGCAGGAGCCCAGUAUCCUAUGGCCAGGAUACAUUUUUUAUUUUCUUUCCCUCUUCACUGACCAAGCUAUAGCAUCUGUGUAGGCAGCUUUUCUCAGAAAUACAACACUGAAGCAAAGGACAGAGACGUGCUCCAUCUGGCAGAGUCUUCAGGUCUUUGGUACAUUGAAUUGGGCAGUCAGUAGAGCAACAGUUGGCGUGCUGAGCAGGGAGGGAGGCUUGGGAAGCCAAAGACUGAAGUCUGGCUUUAUCUAUCUCAUAAGGGCAAUAGAUCAUAUAUGUGUCAGACCUCUGAGUUCAUUAUAUGUCAAUUCAUUUAAUCACAACCAUAGAAAGGAAGUAGCUGGUAUUGGAGAUAACUGUCACGGUUUUUAUUCGUAACCCCACCUGAUUCCUCUAUUCCGAGAGACCCGUGUGUUCUGAGAUUAAACCUAGAAUACUGCUUGAAGGAAGAUUUAAAUCGUAGUCACUAUGGAAUAUAUGUGCACACACACACACAUAUGUAUACCUUCAACGGAGAAAGCAAACAUUGGAGAUUGUAUAGUUCUGUCAGAGUGGAAAGAAAGACCAUGCCACCAUUCUGAUUUGGUAAAAUCUACAUUUAAAUCCUGUUACUACCUUGCUUCUACAUCUUUAUCAGAGGCCGUGUUCAUACUGAUUUCACCAAAAAAAGUUACGUACACCCCUUUUCAGCAAACGAUGCAUGUUCUAUUCAAUAAAUAUUCAGAUGUUUUUUAAGUACUUGUCUCUCAGAGCAUAUUUUUUUGAUUAGGUGAUUCACUUUACUUGUAGCUGUCAGCAUUUGUCUUUCUGACUAUAGGUUUGUCAGCUUUUGCUGGAAUGAAAUUGGUCGGGGAGUGAAAUCGGAUGUGCCCCUGACUUAUGUGCUGCAUAUAAGACAAGUUAAAAAGUGGAUGUGUGAGUGUGUGGUGGUCUGAUACGGAGUUGCACAGGAGUAAGAGGCCACAAGAUGGCAAGCUAACAUAGAAGAUGUGGUAUAGAGCUGAGGUCUGGAAAUGGAACCAAAAAUUACUUUUCCAUUACUUUUUAUUUGUUACAAGCUAACACAUGGGCUAAGAUGUGGUGUGUCAUUUAUAUUUUUGAAUAUUCAUGAUAAAUUGAACAGUUAACUGAAGUCUAAAAAUUGGGAAGUAACUAUGAUGUGUACGUUUUAAUAGACCACCAUUUAUAAUGGAAACAGGCUACAGUAAUAUUGCAUGUAUUAUACAUAUUUUUAACUUUCCCCAAAGCACAAGAAAAUCUUGUUUUGACAACAAGGUAGUCGUGCUGCUACCUCUACAUGCAAAGGAGACUUGGAAAUGUACAUUUUUUUUUUAGCUGGGCACAUUGUCACUCCCAACCAAAUCAGAAUUUAGUUGACUAAUAAGGUAAAAAUACAACAAAAAACAACUGAGUGUAAUGCAGUUGGUUAUUUUGUGGGAUACCAAUAUUCCAAAUAUCUUUUUUUAUUUUGGUGCCAAAAACUGGGACUUUGGAACAAUUUUGUUCAGAAAACUUGUGGAAGACUAGAUUUGGAGUAAAAAAAAAAAAAAAAAAAAAAAAAAAACCAAA